AUGGAGUCCUUGUCCAACGUCCUCGCGCGGCAGCCGAUGAUGGAGGUUUUCCAGGAGGUGGAGUUCGCGGCGCUGAGGAUCUGGAAGAGCGGCUCCUACCUCCACGCCGACGAGGACGGGAGGUCCGUCUACGUCGGCAGCCUCCCCCGCGACGGCGGCGGUGACUCGAGGCACUGCGCGGUGUGGGCCGUCGAGCCGCCGAUCGACGCCGCGGCGCCGCUGCCGCAGUACGUGCGCCUCCGCGGCGCCUACGGCCGCUACCUCGGGGCCCCCGACUCCUACGGCUCCCCGCUCCCCUUCCUCUCGGUGGACGCCGCGCAGCGCGACCGCGACAGGGUGGAGAUGGACGCCAUCAUAUGGCAGCCCGUCGCGUGCUCCGGCUCCGACGUCGUCGGCGGUCGCGAUGCCCGCGGCGUCGUCCUCCUGCGCGACAGGUACGGGCGCUACCUGCGCGGCAGCAACAAUCUCCUGGCUCCCCGCCGCAGCGUCCCUGUCAAUCUCCUGUGUUAG